AUGUGCUGCGAUGAUCUGGCGUUCCCGUUGGCGAGGCCCCACCCUCUUCCCUCACCAGCCCCACAAGGACGCAAGUUGAGUACUUCGUACACCGUACCGACCGAGCCCGAGCUCGAGCCACCCGACAAACUCCUGAACCUCACCCCAUCAGUCAUGAAGCCCACCACUACACUGGCCGUUUGCCUUGCCGCCCUUACCCCGCUGGCUUCCGCAUGGCCAAAUUGGCUUCCCGAUGUCGAUGCACUGGUUGUGAGGCAAGACAACGAUGAGUCUGCCGCUCCUUCUGCGACCCCGGAACCCUCAGCCGAAGAAUCGCCUUCGCCAUCCGGAAACGAAGAAGAUGACGCCGAGUCGACAGUCGGCACAACUACCACCGGUCGCCGGGUAACUGACCUGAACACGGCCCGGAUACCAAGCGCCACCCCCUCCGGCAGCGGCAGCCCCAGUGGCAGCGACAGCGACGACAGAACCACGACCACCGAAUUCGACCCUACUCUCCCCGCAGGCAACGUCGUCAUGCUCACUCCGGCCCCGACUGACCCGGGCCCGAAGUUGUACAAGAUCGGCGACUACGUCACCUUCGGCUGGAACUACACAGACCUCAGGGCGACGCCCACGGCCGUCGACGUCCUCGUCAGCUGCGCCCGUGCCACCGCCACAUGGACCCUGACCCAGAACAUGACCUUCUCCACCAAGGGCGAGUACACCUGGGAUUCCCGCGAGCAGGCCACCGCCGUCCAGUCCCCGCUCCUCACCGAGGAGUACACCCUGAUCAUCUACGACGCCGACUCGGAAAUCACCGCCACCGCGAGGCCCGGCUAUCUCAGCGUCUUCGACCAGUUCAAGUUCGACAUGUACGAGCCUCGUCCGUACACCCCGCUCGCGGACUGGAACUGUCCUACCUGCAGCGCUGCCGUGCCCAGCAUCGACAGGAAAGCGCUGGGCUUUGCCCUGACCAUGAGCGUUGUCACCGUCCUCAGCUUCACCUGGUUCGUGACGGGCAUUUUGUGAUGACUUUGUUUUUGCAUCUGUUUAAUAUCUCGGGUCGUUCCUUUCGUUAUCAGCAGAUCCGCUCAGUCUUCAAGUUUUCGGGGAGAGAAAAUGAUGCAAUUUUUGAUUUUCAAGCACUUGGCUUGAAUGGAGAGCAAUAUUUAUUUAAUGCGGCGUUUUUGCUUUACAGGCAGGAAAUGGCGGGAAAGAAAGAGCAUGCUUGGGUUUUUCGAAAAAGUCUGAUCCGCACAUACAAGGAUUAGAUGCCACCUCACGAGCUGUUUGUUCGUAUCUUAUAGCCUAGGGUAAUGGAUGAUAUAGCAUGGAGCCGGACAAGCCAGUCCGAGAAAGUCUUCGUAUUUAACUCUGAGGGUUGGUUCCCCAAGUUUUGUUCAG